UUACGAAGCCCAAAUCUAUGAUAUAAAACGCUGCAAGAAAUAAAAUAGGGCUCGCUCUCUCGAUUGCUUCUGAAUUCUGUGUUCAACGUUGAAGUGUGAUUAGAAGCAUCAAUUCAGGCGCCAAUCUUCGACUCUGGAUUGAAAAGCCUUUUCGAAUUAGUUAGUUGCGUUAGUGUCACUUAAUACUGAAUCUGGCAACAUCUAGAGUAGAGUAUGGCGAGUAGAAGUAGUGCCAAAACUCCAAAGAAGGAUGGGAACAAGAACAACUCAAAUUCGAGCAUUGCUUCUCAAGAGAAUAAUUGCUAUGAAGGAGAACGUCUCACCAGUCUGCUCCAAUCAAUCCAUAGGGAGAUCCAGUCUACAAGACUUUUAGAUGGAAGUUCCUUGCCAGAGAAGAUAUGGUUUAAGCAACAAUUUUCUAUUGGGGUCAAUGAUGUAACUCGUGUCCUUGAACGCAUGAACCCGUGCACUGAAUUGGAAAGGUCUGCCGAACUCUUCCCUUUAAGAAGAAAUCAUAAAGCAUCUUCGGUUAAGCUUCAGGCUGUGCUUGUUGCUUCUGACUGUAACCCACGAUGGUUGACGAAGCAUCUCCCUAGUUUGGCUUCAUCAAGGAGUGUGCCCCUGAUCUUUGUUAGAGAUAAUAAACAAGGUUCUUUGCGAUUAGGUGAACUUGUUCAAUUAAAAACGGCAAUUGCUAUUGGAAUUAAGGUUAAAGGAAGCACCAUAAAUAAAAUUGUUCAGGAAAUUAUUCAAGGCGAAAGAUUUGAACUUUCACCAGGGCAAUAAUAUUCAGCAGCAAUAUUUGAUGUGCAGUGAUUUUCAGGACCCUGACAAAAAAGUGUAAAGCUGUCAAAGAUGUAAUUUAAUUGCUAUAUUUUGGGUUAUGACCUAUUAUUGGCCUCGCCUUCUAAUGUAGUUCUAUUUUUUUCCCUUGAGUGGGAGGUUAAAAAUGCUAUUUAAUUGUAAAUGUUUUUCGUUUGAGCAUCAUAAUAAA